UUGAUGACGUCACACCUCGCGAAAACCUUGUCAAUGUGACCGCCAUUAUUUUGAGGCACUCCAAACAACGCGGAGAUGUGUGCCAAUUAAUUUACAAAUAUCAGCUUCGUUAUCGCUUAGUUUAACAAUAUUGGACAAUGGAACGACAGAAAUCAAUCCCCCCACUGUCAACGAAGAUUACGAGGAAGCUUGCGCAAGAAUCGGCGGAUCAUAAUACUUUGAUGAACUUCUACUCACAGAUAAGCAGGGAUGAAACAGGAGCUCCAAAGAAAUGGAAAAUGUCAUCAACUCUACACAUUGAUGAAGAUUCUAUAAAGAGUAAAAAAGCAGGAACUUCUAAAGGUUCUUCAGGAGGCUCAAAUAAAGGAACACCAACCAGCUCUAGAGAGAAUUCAAAUGAAAGAAAGAGUCGAUUGAACCAGUCUUUGCAAAAGGGUGGUAGGAAAAGCAGCCUCAACAGAGACGGAAGUUCAUCCGAGCAGAGCAGCUCACGUGAAUCUUCUUUAGAAAGUAAAGCUAAGGGUGAUGAUAAAAAAUUCAAGAAAAGUGAUACAGAUAAGAAAAAUAGGAGUAUUUCUAGUGACUAUAAUAAACCUAGAAAAAGUCUGGACAGUGGUAGUUCGGCAAGCAGUGACACAGGAAAAAAGAAGAGAGGUCGUCGUCCAAAGUCUUUAGAUUUAUCCCCAAAAGAAAUGGCAAAUGGUGAUGAUGACAAUUUUAAAAGUCCAGAUCCUUUAACACCUUGUAAUAUUGCUAUCAAAAGGAAAAAAGGCAGGCCAAAAGAAACUCCUCCGGUGCUUUAUGCAGAACCUCCUGUAGAGUCAUCUCCAGUAGAGAAUGUGACAGACUAUGAAACAGAGGACAGCAGCCCUCCAUUGAAAAGAAAGCCAGGUCGUCCUAAAAAGAUUAAAAAGUUUAAAACAGAUCAGUUGAAAUCAUUGGGUAAAGGUGAAAAACUGAAAUCAUUUAAUAUGAAAAGAUAUGAAGGCAGGUGUUUGAAGCAAUAUAGUUCCAAAAUUAUUAAAAGCAACAUGCCAAAAGGGUUCCGAAGGAUGAACAAGCUUCCUAAGCUUACUCCUGUAAUGACAACAAAUGAAAACAGCAAGAAUGAUGGGAGUAUGUCAUCAUUUGAAAAUGACGAACAAGAAACAAAUAAAGCUAACGUUAAACUGAAUGGAAUUCCAUCUGAAAAGAGGGGACCUGGAAGACCCCCUGGUGCUAAAAAUAAAAAGUACUAUGCUCCACUGACAAUGUUAAAAACUAGAGCAAAAGCUGUUAAGACUAUUGUUUCAAGAAAUAGGACACAGUUUGGAUCUCAGAGCUUGAAAAAGGCAAUUAGUAGAGGUCCCGGACGACCUCCUGGUGCUAGAAAUAAAACAACUCUUCAGAGACUUGCUAAUAAGGCGAUUGCUGAUCAGGUGAUUGCAGAUAAGGUAGAAACAAUUUCCAAUAGUUCCAAAGAAAAUAGUGUUGUUGCAGAAAAAGAGGAAAUUCCUGUUGCAAUAGAGAAAGAAAUUGAAAGCAAGAUGGAAGUGAAUGCAAUUGAUGAAGCUAUUGAGGCAGUUGUUUUUAAAGCCAGAAAUGAUAUAUCUCUUGAGUCAAAUAUUAAACCAAGAGUUCCAUUCAGGACAACAGGGUUUUAUAAAAAACUGUCUUCUGUAAAGUCAGUUGCUAAAAUAAAAAAGGAAAAAGACAUAAUGCAUAAAAUUAGGAAAAAAAGAAUCUUAGAAUCACAAGCUUCUGGUCUAGAAUUUACAAAUCAGACAGAACCUUUAGCUUCAAAUGAUCUCAGGAGAAAAUUGCAAAGUAAGCUAAUACAAAAAAUGAAUGCUGGAGGCAUACAAACUUCAACGAAAACAGAAGUUGUUUCAAAAGAGGAGGGUGCGCAAAAGACAGAAGUUUCUGUAAAAGACGGUGCUUUCACAGCAUCUGAGGUAUCAAAAUCUGACACCUUACCAAAUUUGAGUAACAUUAAUUCUAAAGCAACUGUGAAAAAUAGUGAAGUGAAUGGAAGCAUUCCACCAGCAAGCAUUGAAGAAAAGACAAUGAUUAAACCUGAAACUGAUGGUAGUAGCGAUAAUGCAAAAAAUGUGCGUAGGCCGAAUGUUGAUGUUGCAAAAUUUAGUGACACUGAAUCUGUUUGCUCUGAAUUAAGCACUAACUCCAUUGGGUCCCUGAAACGUAAUAUAGAGAAACAGGUUUUAAUUUUAGGGGAGGAGAACAUAGACAGUGAUGAUCAGACUGUAAGAACUAGGCAAAGAUUUGAAAUCAUUCCAGGCAAAAAGAGGAAACGUACACUCAGUGGUGAAUUUGAUUUACUGGAUGAAAAGCAGUUAAGGAAAGAAAGGAAAAAAGCAGAAAAAGGACAAACUGAUGAUGAAUCAGAUAUCAGUCAAGUAGUAACUGUUACUCCUAUUAAGAAACCUUUAUUCAAGAGAAAGAGAAGUCCAAAUAAAAAGUCACCUAAUCUUAAAGUAAAAGAUGGAAAAAUUGUCAAAAAAUAUGUAUCACAACUAACAGCAUACCGCAAUAGAAUGUUAAAACAGUCCCCAUUUUUAAGCCGUGUUAGAAAGAAACGUAGAAAACCACUAAUGAAGAGAACACCUGAAAAAGUUUCAAUAGAAAAUGUGACGAAGUCAACUGGAGGGACCUCAAAAACUGUUAGUACUAUUGAAAAUGAUAAAUGCAAUCAAGAGAAACAAAGAAGACAAAUUGAACAAACAGAAGAAAAAGUUGUGAAAUGUCCGGAACCCAUUUAUACAGGAAAAUCUGAAAAUUAUCGUCAAGGGUUGUUCGAAAAAUUCACAGAUGUGACGCUUGAAAGUAAAGAUGAUUCUGUGAAAGAAAAUGUGGAUGUUUUUAGUGAAAAAAAUGGAGAUGAUGCCGACAGUGAUGAUACCGAAUGCACAAUUGAACUCAAAGAUGAAAUAUUGACUGAAGAUCAUGAAGAAAUACCUGUGGAGGAAAGUGUGGAUGAUUCUGAUACAAUAGAUUUCCAUGCUGAGGUUGAAUCUGAGUCUACAGGUAAAGAACUUUAUACAGAGUCUGAAAUUGAAAUAAGAGAAAUGCUUUUUGAAUUGAUUGACGACAUAGUCAUUAAGUUUGAGAGUAAAAAGGAUUCUCAAUCGGAAAUAACUGACUUAAAGUGUGGUGAUGAAAAAGUUGAAGCAAAGUCUGUCGGUGAAAAUGUAGUAGCUCAGACUUUAAGUGAUAGAGAAGAAAUAAAUUAUAGUCAAAAGAUUGCAGAGGAAAAGUGUGAAGAGUUGAAGGAAGAAAAGACUGGUAAAGAAAUUGUUGAGGAUAAACCUUGUGAUGAGGAAAAGAAAGUUGAAGCAUCUGAAGAAAUUAUUUUAAAUUCUAAAGAGACAAAAGAAGUUUCAGACGAACACACCACUCUAACUGAAACUGAAAAAAGUUUAAAAGUAGUUACAGAUGAGGAAGUUGCUAUUGACAAAGACAAUAACAUUAAUAAGGAACUUGAUAACCCAGUUACUGAUGAUAAAGAUUUAACAACUGAAAUUGAAGGAGAGAGUAAGAAUGAUAAAAAAGCCAAAAUUAAGCAUAAAAUUAGAAGAAAGAGAUUUGUACCUCUAUCUUUGUCAAAAAAGAAACAAGGUAAAAUUGUAACAGACACUAAAGUUAGAAAGAAACCAGGAAGGAAACCAAAACAAAAAAGUGUUGAUGAUUUAGCAUUGAAUAGUGGAACUAGUACAGAAACUUUGAAUGAUAAAAAAGUAAGUUCUGCUGAAAGUAAGUCGCCUGAAACGGGUGUAACGAGAAAGUUUGAACUAAGGCAAAAGAUUUCAAGAUCACCUCUUGACAACAUAGCAUUGAAGCAAAGUUUGGAAGAAAAUGAAUACUUGAGGAAUGAGGCACAGAAAUUAUCACGAAAAGAAGCAAAGUUUAAACUGAAAUCAAAAACACAAGGACCAGACUCAUUAGAAUCAUCACCUAUUCAAAGCAAAGAAAUAGAAACAACUGAAAAUGCUGUUAUAGAAACUCAAGCACAGCCAGUUGUUGAAAGUGUAAUAGAAACUGAAGAAAAAAUUGAAACUGUUGAAGACUUGUUAAAAUGCUGCAAACCUUGUAAGAUUGUUUUGAAAGAUUUUAUUAAGGAGCUAGAACGUGCUCAAGGUCAAACAGAGAGCUCUUGUGAAUCUGAGGGAGAUAUGCAAGAUAGUCAAGAUAACUCAGAUGAAGAAAAAGGUAGUAUCCCUGCCAAACAUCAUGAGGCUGUCGAAAUAAAUGCAGACAUUGCCCAACCUAAUGAAAGUCAGCCCUUAGAUGUUGCUGAAGGUCCUUUGGAUAAGAUAUCAACUGAUAAUACAGACAAAGAUCCUGACAAACCUGAAAUGCCAAAUAAUGUAGAAACUAUUGACGAUACUAGUGUGAACAAUGAAAAAUGUGUUGUGAAGGAAAGUACAGAACUUGAUCAAAUUAAAACUGUUGAUAAUUCAGAAAGCCCUAAACAAAAUGAAAUUACUGAAAAUAUGGGAGAAAUAAAUGAUAAUGAUAAAAAAGUAACUGAAACUGUUAGCCCAGAUAUUAAGCAGAGAGAAUUAAGACCAAAACGAAGAACACCUGUCAAAAAUGAAAACAUUUCACCACUAAAAUCAGCUGUAACCCCACCCAAAAAAGUGAGAAAUAUUAAAAGUAUUAAUGAGCAACAAACUGCUAGAAAAACAGUUCCUCCGCUUAAAAUCAAAGUGAAAGGAGGAUUUUCUUCUAAACGCAAAACAUAUAUUGUUGAACCAUCUCCAGAUUCGCCUGUGGAACAGUCAAGUAAAGGUGAACAGAAGAUGGAAAAAAAGAAAGAGAAGAGUAAAACAAAAUCUGGAAAUAAAUCCGAAUCGUCUGACUCUGAAAAACAUAGUAAAAGCCACCAUCAUCACAGAAAGAAAAACAAAACACCAACUGAAGACUUAAUCAUUGAACAAAAUAAAGCUUUUCAAAUGCCGGACACAUCUACAAGUUUUAAUAGUGUACUUCCAGAAAAACCAGCCAUAAAAGCUACUGAUGCAUAUGAAGCAACGUUUCUACAGUUUAUUCAAGACAAAGACAAAGUUGAACAAAAUAUGGCUGCUUUCAGUAGCUCAUUUGGCUCAAAACCUAAAUCCAGUAGUCAAAGCAUACAGAAAGUACUUCAGAAAGAGAGUAAAUUUACGAACGCGUCAUUUGCCUCAACAUCUUCUUCAUCUGUGAACUCAAUGAAAGCUGGCCCAAAAAGUAUUUCCUCAGAUUUAAAGGUUAGCCCUGCUUCAGUGCUAAGUGACACUCCAAAUGAUGUUGAUAAUUCUGAAGUUCAGUAUGUUUGUUCUCAGUGUGACAAUGUUGUUUACAAGGCCAAGGAGCAUAUUAUCCAGCACUAUAGAGAAGUUCAUCCAGGAUCACAGUUUAUUUAUAAACCCCUGCCUGAAACUGCCGAGAAUGUUACAGCGACAGCAGAAGACCCAUGUCCAAAGACAGCACAGAGGGAACAGAAAAUGGAUGAUUCUGUCGUCGAAAAUAACUUAUCACAAACCAGUACGGAAGAAACUGAGCAGACUAAUGAAGAUGAGGACAGUGGAAGUCUGAACUUGAAAAUUGUCGACGUUGUUAGUCUGAAGGACCAGGAAACCAUUCUAAACAGUGACUCGAAUGUGUCAAAGGAAGAACAAGUGGCACCAGUGCACACUGUUCAGACAAACCAGAUUCAGACUCAGCUAAGAAUACCAAGCUAUCCAAUUCUUACCAGUGCUCCACCGCCGUAUCCAGUUAAUUGUAGCAUUCCACCGCCACCAUAUUCCAUUGCAACUGCCAGUGCAAUUUCUGCGAUUCAAGAACAGUUACAAUUUAAAGCACAAUCAGCACCUUUAAAGCAGAAAAGCCAAAUUCCAUCGGGCAAAAUAGGAAACUCUUUUAAAUGUGAAAAAUGUAACGUGCAUGCACCUAUGCUUGCAGCAAUGGUUGCACAUUUAAGAAAUUCUCAUAGAGAAAUACCAAGACUUUUUCAAUGUCCAUAUUGCAAAGACAUGGAAGCUGAAACUGAGGCACUGAUUCAUCAGCACAUAAAAAAGCACCAUCCUACGAACAACCCAAAUCCUCCUGUCGCUUUAUCCGAACCAGCAAAGCGAAAUUUGAAAACAUUAUCUGUUAAGUUACCAGAAGGAUUAAAGUUAGGGGAAGGAAACAGUAUUGAAAAAGACAUUUAUAUGUGCCUAAAAUGUAAAGAACAUAUGCCCUCGUUAGAAACAAUUUAUGAACAUCUUGAACAUGAGCAUGCAGAAAUAUUUGCUUAUGUUUGCCCAGUUUGUAAAGUGUUUAAGUCAAAAUCUGAAGAAUUGGUGAACAAUCAUAUUGUGAUGAACCAUCAUCGCAGACCUGCAGAAGUUAAUGUCUCGCUAGCUAUUGAUGGUAAUCAUUUUGUUAGGGUACAAUGUCUUGUUAAAGAUAAAGCAAAAUCUGGCCAAAAAUCGGUUCAUUCAGUGCAACAGAAACAACAGUUAAGUCCAAGUAUGAACGCAAUACAACAAAGUAAACCCGCAGUACAGGUACCAGGACAGAUAACCACAUCUCUUCAUUUACAGCCCAUUCCACAAGUAGUUGUUCCUCAAGAAAGUCCUGUAUCAGCGCAAGGCAGUUCAAAUACUAACCCAUUAAACCCAUUACAGCAGACAAGUUCAAACAUUCAAACGCCUUCUGUUGGAUCUAAACCCACUGUACCAGGUCAGAAAAAGAAGAAAAGUUUGCUAGAAUCUAUUCAGAAAAUAAAAGUUCAAAAAAUGGAACAACAAGGAUUGCUACCACAAAAGAGUGCAACAUCAGUUACUUCAACGAUUCCUUCACAUCCAUCACAACUUGGUUCUGCAAAACCUAAUACAGCACCUGGAGCAGCUCCUCCGCCGUUAAUGAGAGGCCCACCACCUUUAAUUCGGUAUGACCAGCUCAGUAAAGUUACUUCACCUCAGUCGAUUAUGCUUGGAUCAGCAAUAAGGACAUCUUCCCAGCUCGCACUUCAAAAUCAAGCCAGUCUUACAAGUCUGCAAAGGUUACAAAAUAUUACAAGUUCGCAAAAUGCACAGUCUUUGACAGGGACAGCAAGACCUAUACAGUCGUCAUUGUUUGACACUUCAGACCUAGAGUCAGUGAAAUCGCAACAGAGCCAAAGGCCUGUCCUGAAUGUACCUGUUGUUUCAAGAGUAUCCAAUAAAAGUCCGUUUUCAAAAGUUCAAUCAACAAGUUCUACACCAGAAAUCAUAGAAACGACUGCCACAGGGUCUCCACUUGAUUUAUCGAAAACUACGCCAUCACCUGUUCCGCAAAGUGCCCUGCCACUUAAUUCUGGACAGGUGCAAGUUUCUGGAGCUGGUCUUAACCCAGAAGUAUUCCAGGUGUUCAACUUGCGACCAAGUACACAGAUGCAGCUCCCUAGACAACAAAUUCCUGUUCCACAAAUGAUUGCCCAGCCUAUAAUGUUACCGCAACAAGUUCGACAAAAUACUCCUAGCACACUGGCCUACAGACCAGCAGGUUCACAAAUGAUUGCAACAUCACAAGUUCAACAGCUAAUUGGCAUGCCAGUUGGUACUGCUGUCAUUGGAAAUAUGGUGGUUAGUUUAGGGAACGUAUCACAGGGAAUCCCAGCAAUGCCAGUAGUGAACCCAGCACUUCAGAAUGCGCAAUUUGUCCGCAUGUCUGCACCACAAAUACCAGCAGUUACUAUGUUAAAUUCCUCGGAAAAUUCAGCAGUAUCUACUCAGGCGCAGUCAAAAAGCUCUGUGACUGGGCAACCAGGAUUGAGCAAGGCCACGUUAUUUAGAUGUCCGUAUUGUCCCAACAUUACUCCUCUUAGAUUUGACCAAGUGCAAACACAUAUUGAAAACAAACACCCUGGAUCAUCAGUUCUUUUCAAGCCAUUUGAAACCAGAUGAAUGGCUUGUGUAUGAAGUUGAAAGACAAGAAUGUGAUGCACAUUUUUCAGUUAUCAAACAUUCCUGGUUUACAAUAUACAUUACACAUUUCAUACUGUACAUAUAUCAUAAGCCUUCAGUUCCACCAUUAUAAUCAUUUGUACAGGCGUAUAUUGUUUUAUAAUCUUCUGUCAUCCAUUAAGAAAAUUUAUCAUUGUGUAUUAACUGUCAGUUGAAACAAUAAACUGUAUUAUUAAUAGUGAGAAAUACUGUUGUACAUAUUUACCAUUUUAUGAAUUCAUUCACAUGUGCCUAUCAUUUUGCUUUUGUAUAUACUUCUCAUAUACAUAACGGUUGUACUGUACAGCAUAUACAAUAUAUUUUUGGAUGUAUAGAAUAAUUUGAUCAUUUUUGUCUGCACUCGUUAGUUAUAGAUUUCUUUUAAUGCAAGUUUAAACGAGUUCAUAUGAACAACUGUCGAGAUAAGGCGUCUGGGUUAAAUUUACAAAGGUUACGUAUUUCGGGAAUUAACGAUUGGGCGCAUUUUCACAGGAAAAAUACGCUUUAGAACAGAAAUCGAGGUAUUGAACAUUCGUGUAUGGUUGCAAAAGUAUUUGAAUUUUGUAGAUUCCAUUGUUUGGAAUUUGAUAGUAUUGAGUCUUGCUGGACUUCUUGCAUGAAUUGUGCUAAAUAAUUUUCACUAAUUUCUUUUCUUUCAUUUACUUUUAUUUGUUAGUAUGAAAAUAGAUUUGUUAUAGGAAUAUGUACACUUGUAUUGUAAAUAUUGCAUCACAGACAUGUAACUCUUUGAUGACUAAUUCUUGCAUAUGCAUUAUUGGUCCCGCCAUGUUUUUGUCUUUUAUUUUGGCAUCGAGUAAAAUGAGAGCCUAGUCGUAAAUGUAUCUACACUACUUUUAUAUACCAUAACAUUUGACAUUUAAAUAUUCUCAACCAGUCUCGUUAAAAACAGUAGAGAGAUACAUUUUAUUGAGGAGAAUAACUGCACGAAAUGUGUUUUUAAGAAUUUUUAGUUGCGGUUAUUCUUUGAUCUUUUUUUAUGAAAGAAUCUACGAAUUUAUUGUUCAAACUGGUUCAUUGAGGGGCAUUAAUAUUAUUUUCUUUGAUUUUAGUUUGUAGUUUUGAUAAGUUUCGGUUGAACAAAUAAUAUACUUUAGUGUAGGUUGCUUCAGUUUGUCAAGUGUUGGUUUGUUUUGUAAAUACAAGUGUGCGUGUGUGUGUGUUCGUCGGCUUCAUUCAUUUUCAUUUAUAUUUAUUGCAUUUUAAUUAAUUUGAAAGAAACUAAGAUCUUUUACUUUCAGUAACUUUUAAAAUAGUUUCUGAAAUGAAAGGUUAUUUAUGGGUUUCUCAGUUUUGUAUAAGCACAGUUGUAUCUUUAUAAAUGAAAAGCAAGCCUCAGCUCCGACGGUAACUAAGUUUUGAAGAAUUUUGCGAUGGAUUGCACAAUUCGACACAAAGAAGUGAUGUAAUAACUUUAUACAGCUACGUUUAUGCACGAUCAUCUUUGACUUGCUAGUUGUUUUUCUGCUGUAAAUUGUAGACUAUACUAAAGUAGUAAAAAUAUUACCUAGUACGACAUCACGCAAAUGAGAAUCGUAUUAACAGAGAAUGUCAACAUUUUUUAUGGUUAUAUUUUUUAAUCAUGUAAAAGCAAAAGAAUAUGUAUACACGCAGUCUAUUUGUAAAAUGUCGCUAUAUCGAAUACAUCUAUAUGAAAUACAAUUAUAGUUACACAUAAACUUUGUAUUUCAGUAUCAUAUUUAUUUUUCGUUGAAUUUUGACUAUUUUUGUAUGUGUUUUUUUUUUUUUUUUUUUUUUUGGUUCAGAAGUUUGUUUCAUGUAGCUUGCACACCGGGACCAUGGUAGAUAUAGAUUAAAUGAUGGUUAUUGUUUUUGAAAUUCUUGAUUAAAAGUUUGUUCUCAAUGGUUGGGACCACUGCUUUAUCUUGCAUCAAGUCUCCGCUGUGUUUGUAGCAAUUGCAGUAACAUUUAGAAUUUUGAUAGAUAUGAUGGGGAAACAUUUUCCAUGUAUUUUUUUUCAAUUUCUUUCUGUGCGUGAAGUUUCUUUUCAGCAAUUUGUAAUCCAGAAUUAACUUCAGUUAAACUUUAAGGUAUUUUUCACAUGGAUUUUGAAAAAGGAGAUAUGUCUCCAUAGCCUGACCAAAACGUAAAUUUUAAAUGAAAUGAACGCUUUUGAGUGAAUAGCUUUUACUCGUUGUUGAAAGUGUUGGACCUUCUGUUCAUAUUACAGCUUAUUAAAAACUUGUUUUAGUUACAUUACUGAUGCAAAUUACUUGUCAAAAUAUUUUAUAUACCAGAUACAGGUGGUCUUGUUUUAUUUUGUUCCUGUAUAACAAUAUGCAACCAAAGUUUUUAUGAAUUUCAUAAAAUUUUGUCUCAAAAAUAAUGACUUGUAAAUAAAAUGUAAAGAUGAA